CUUCUCAGAAACACACACACCUCAAGAAAUGAUGCUGCGCCAUGUCGUGUCUCGGAUGUCGUCUGCAGCUGCAGCUCGAUCUGUCAUGACAUGCUCAGCGACGACGACGGGUCGAUAUGCAUUGACCAGCAGCAGCAGUUGGAGCAGCAAGCCGAGUCUGAUCUCGCAGGCACCCACCCGCUCCGUCUCGACUCGCCGAUUGCCAAACGAUCGCACGCGAAUGGGCGGCGCACAACAACAUUUGCUGAGGCAGAGCCGAGUCCUGCGACCCCGCAAGCAGCAACAGCAGCAGCAGCAGCAGAACGCCGAGGCUGUUGAGCACACGGACGCUGGGAUUGUGGAGAGCGAGCAAGCGCUGGAUCCUGCUCUGCUGGGAACGGGCAACGAGGUCCUGAACUCGGACUCCCCGUCUGCGCCGCUGCUGAGCCAUGCAGGCCUCAUCAUCAGUCGGCAAAUCGAGCUUGCCAACCUCUUGAUUGGCUUCGAACAGGCAAAUCGAUACGAGCUGCGAGAUCCACUGGGCAACCAAGCUGGAUACCUCGUGGAGAAAAAGACCUUCGGCACAGCCAUUAUGCGACAGAUUCUGCGCUUGCAUCGUCCCUUCACGGCGUUGGUGCUGGACACGGCUGGCAACCCGGUGCUGCGCCUGCAUCGCCCCUUCACACUGAUCAACUCGACCGUGUACGUCGAGGACCACGAGGGUCGACCGAUUGGCUUUGCUCGGCAAAAGUGGCACUUGUGGCGUCGCAAGUACGAGCUCUACCUGAUUGACCGUGAGCAUGCCUUGGUCGUAGCCCCAGAUAGCCAAGUGAAGGCCGAAGGAUUGUCACUCGAUAUGGGCAACUUUGGCAAUCGCUGGAGCCCAACGUUGCCUUCCUACCAGUGGGGCGAUGUUGACAUGGGUCUGUGGUCCUGGGUGUUUGAUGUGCGCGAUCCCAAUGGCAAGCUGCUUGCGCGGAUUGACAAGGACUUCUCAGGUCUCAUGACGGAAAUGUUCACGGAUGCUCACAAGUACAUUCUCAAGAUGGACAUGCUGGAAGCCGAGACGCCCGCGAAUGAGUUGCGAGAUCGCCCGCUGUACUUUGAUGAGCGCGCAGUGAGCUUGGCAUGCGCAGUUAGCAUUGACUUUGACUUUUUCUCGCGCCACAGCGGGGGCGGCAGUGGUCUGGGCCUCUUUUCGCUCUUUGCCUUGCUUUCCAGCUGAGUGAACGAGAAAAGUUCGAAUAGCGAGUGCAUGCUUGUGUGUACGCAGCUCUGCUUGCGCUAGUUAGCCUUGUCGCGCAACCACGCAAUCCCUGUUGACGCUUGCGAGAGGGUUUAUGUUGUUUCGUUGUUGAUUGACUAUUUGUGAAUCCAGCUUCGCUAAUGAUUUGUGAGCAAAAAUGACUGUUGCCACUGUAUUGUUCGGAGGCCCUUCUGAGUGACCUUUUG